CUGUGCAUCCUCAACGUGCUUUCUCUCUCAAUAAUGUAUUGACUCUGUCAAGAGCCUCUCAAAGUUCUCAAACUCUGUCUCACGUUCUGCUUAAUAAUAUAUUCAAAUACCACUGUUGGCGUACGUAUUCACGGACACUCUCAUACAAGACCUCCAUUACUGUACUCCCCAUGCCAGAUAAAAGAAACACCAACUUUUUUCAGCACAUUAGAUAUAAUUAUAGAUUUAUUGAAUCUCUCAGCUCUGUCACAUACUCUCACUCUCUCGCUUCAUCACUCUCUCUUACACGCUUACAGAUAGAGCAGUGUACAUACAAUUUAAGAGAAGGCAUCAAUGCAUCAUCAUCAUCUCUUGCUCUGUCUCGCUCUCUCUCUCUCUCUUUGUGAACUUUUCAAGGGCUGUCUGUAUUUUGCUGUAAGCCUGUAAGUGCAAUUUUGAUGGGAAAGAAAGGAGGUAGCUCUUGGUUGACUGCUGUGAAAAGGGCUUUUAGAUCUCCCACUAAAGAUAAUGACCAUCAAAAGAGUAGUACCAGGAGACGCGUAGACCGUGACCAAGAAGAAGAUGAAGAUAAGAAAAGGGAGAAGAGAAGGUGGCUUUUUAGGAAAUCAGGUAGUCAAGAAACGGUGACCCAACAAACGGCACCUCCGAAUGUAGCCGCAGAAACAGAGGAUUUGUCUGUCUCUUCAGCGGCAGAGCAUAGGCAUGCAAUUGCUGUAGCUGUGGCCACAGCGGCUGCGGCCGAGAAGGCUGUGGCAUCGGCCCAGGCAGCGGUGGCUCGUUUUAGUACUAGGCCUUCUAAUAAUCAUGCCGCAGAACACUACGCCGCCACUGUGAUUCAGACUGCUUUUAGAGGCUAUCUGGCGAGAAGAGCUCUUCGAGCGCUAAAAGGACUAGUGAAGUUGCAAGCUCUGGUGAGAGGUCACAAUGUGAGAAAGCAAGCCAAGAUGACUCUACGAUGCAUGCAAGCUCUGGUUCGAGUACAGGCUCGGGUGCUCGAUCAACGCGUCAGACUUUCACAAGAAGGUAGCAGGAAGUCGGCAUUUAGUGACACUAAUAGUAUGUGGGAAUCUCGGUACCUUCAAGGCCUUUCAGACAGAAGAUCAAUGUCAAGAGAGGGAAGUAGCAUUGCAGAUGAUUGGGAUGAACGGCCUCACACAAUUGAAGAAGUUAAAGCCAUGUUACAGAACAGGAAAGAAGCUGCAUUGAAGCGUGAUAAGAGUUUGUCCCACGCCAUGUCUCAACAGUUGUGGAGAACUGGUAGGAGCCCAUCAAUUGGAAACGAACAAGAGCUCCAAGAAAGCACACAAUGGCUUAAUCGGUGGAUGCCCACAAAGCCAUGGGAGAGCAGAGGACGAGCUUCAACUGAUCAGAGAGACCCCAUAAAAACUGUUGAAAUUGAUGCUUCCCAACCUUACUCAUAUUUUGCCCCGAAGAUUGAAAGAAUCAGUCCAAAUCAAUCUCACCAAAACCAAAGACCCAAUUCACAUUCACCACUCCAUAGAGUCCCCCAAAAUGCCCCUAUCACACCCUCUCCCUCCAAAUCUCGACCUCUGCAAGUGCGGUCCGCUAGCCCUCGCUGCGUAAGAGAUGAUAGAAGCUACAAUGCAUCAUCUCAAACUCCAAGCUUGAGGUCGAAUUACUACUACAAUGGCUAUUUAACGAAUCAACAUAGCAGCAGACAGGGUACUAGUGUUGCCAAUGGUGCUACAUUGCCAAGUUACAUGGCUGCAACAGAGUCCGCCAAGGCUCGUUUGCGCUCACAAAGUGCACCGAAACAGAGGCCAUCGACGCCGGAGAGAGAGCGAGCCAGUUCGGUGAAGAAACGCCUCUCUUUUCCUGUUCCUCCUCUGGAUCCUCACCGAGUGGGAUACAGGGGAUAUGGUGGUGGACAUAACUUGAGGAGUCCAAGCUUUAAGAGUGUAAGUGGAUCACAUUUUGGGUUGGAGCAAGAGUCUAACUAUUCUUCAUGCUGUACGGACAGCCAUGGUUGUGAAGUGUCGCCAUCUUCAACUACUGAUCUUCGGAGGUGGUUGAGAUGACGAUUAAUGGCAUCAUGCCCACCAUUAAUACUUCUCAAAGCACUUCGACUUCAUUUUCAGACUGCUAUGUGUAUUGGUUGGUGGGAUUCAACUCUUCCACUUCAUUUUCCCAUGUUUUCAUUGUUCAACCAAUAGCCCACAACUGGUUCUUGUGUCCUAA